GGGGUGAAAGGCUUCGAGCUGACUGGCCGGUUCACAGGAACCAGAGCUACUGGUAUGGGUCUAACAGCAUCAUCACUUGAUUAACGCCAAAUCAGAAAAAAAGAAGAUAAAAUAUGUACCAUGCCCAAAGGAAAGGGAGCCAAAGGGACAAAGGUGACCCUCAAGAUUGCCAAAAAGGCAAUACGGAUGACACCAGAUGGACGGCGGAGACUCACCCUUAGCAACAUGGGUAUAACCAUCUUCCCAAAGUGUCUCCUCAAACUGACCAAUGUGGAUGAGUUGGACCUCAGCCGCAACCUGAUACAGAAACUCCCAGAAAACAUUGGGAACUUCUCGUCACUCAGGUGGCUAGAUCUACACAGCAACAAGCUGGAGUUUGUGCCAGAGUCCAUCGGGAACCUGGUGGGACUGACCUACCUCAACCUCUCCAACAACCACCUAACCUCUGCGGGUUUACCCUCCACACUGGGUUUUCUCACUAGUCUGAAGUGUCUCAAUCUGGGGAUGAACCAGCUGGACACCCUGCCUCCUACUAUGGUGGCUCUGGGCAGUCUCCAAGAGUUAGGUCUGUUUGAUAACCUCUUCAUUAACCUACCAGAAUUUCUGAAUGUCCUACAAAACCUCACUAAGGUGAACAUAAAACGAAAUCCCCUAUCGUAUGUUCAGGGAGAUGGCGAGGGAAUGCUGAAGGAAAAAUCAGAACCACAGGAAGAUGUAUACCUGGUACAUGAGAGCAGCCUGUGUAGGACAUGUCUUAAAAGAUGUAAAGAGCAGAAGAAAAAGUUUACGAGCGGAGCAGGAGGAGAAGGAGGAGGAGAUGAUAUGUUUGAGGAGAAAAGGAUAAGGACUUAUGCAGGGCUGAUAGUGCCAAACUCGGUGGCUAGACUCAAUCAGGAUGUGUGGAGAAUCAGACAGGGGGGACAAGAGACAGUCAAAUGA